AUGGAUUCAUCGGGCGGCGAGAUGGAGGCGGUGAGGGGUGAGAAGCGGAUGGAGGAGAGGAACAAACGUUUGGUGGUGAGGGAGGAGCGGCGGAAGGCAAAUGCGGAGAAGAAGAAGGAGAAGGCGGAGAAGGAGGAGAUGGCGGCAAGGGUAAGGAAAUUGUAUGCAAAAACUGUAGAAGCGAUCCGGCUCAAGGGAAGGGGGGAAUCCAAGGAACCCUGGGAGCAGUUUCGUGAUCACUGGAUGGAAGAAUGGGGCAAAGGUGGCCAUUUUGGCAAAUUCGAGGACAACACUGCUAUCCCACCCAUGCGUCUCACCUUCUCUGACUUUGGCUCUGGCUACGCCAUGGACACGCUGCAGUUCUUUUCGGUCAAAGUUGCAAGAAUCGACGAUAAUCUACGGUGGCCACUCGAUGUGUAUGGGUUCGUUGCGGUGCGUGAUAUCUUGGAUCGGAAACGCAACAUGAUUUUCUGCCGCGACAGAGACAACUGCCAAACUAUCAACGAGCAGGACCCUUAUCUAGUACUCACAGGUCCUACCCGUGCUGUUGCUGUGUCGGGUGAUCCUUCUUACUUUGAGGUUAAGUUGAAAGUAAAGGGCACUGUUGAAUCUGAGGAUAAAGACUUUAGCCUUUUUGCUUCAACAUACGUAUCUCAUUCCAUCAAAAGAGUCUUCACUAGCAAGCUUAGCACACUAGAGAUGUCAUGUCAGGAGCUUUUCUACUCUGUAGAGGCCACAAUCAGUGUAGAAGUUAUUGAUGGGUCAUGGCCAGAUGGCUUUCAUGGUGAAUUUAGUGCCAGCACAGAUAGUCUGCCUGAUAUGAAAGUCAAUUUGCUGAAGUGUGGGGAUGACAAAUUGCCUAUUGAUGAUGAUGGCAAGAUCCAGCUCACACGUAAGGUUGUCUCUGUUGAACUUGAGGGAUUUCUGAGGGUUUCUAUCAUGGCACACGGUGUUAAUGGGAAACGACUUAAGAGUCGCGAAGCAGUUUUUGCACCUAAGCGUUCUGGUACAAGCUCCAAUUCUAAGAUUAGAGUUGGCUCAUGUCGCAUGGAAGUCACUAUCAGCUGGUCUCUUCUCGCUUUUGGGCCCUAA